UUGCCCUUCCUCGUCUCAAUGUCUCGUCCCCCAUGGCCUUUACUUCUGUUGCCUACGGAGAUAAUAUUCAGACUACCAUUUCAAACGGCAUGUGAAGCUGACCUUGCCUGCCUGUGAAGGUCUGCCCGCGUCGAGCAUACCCGCUGGAUUCUCUGGCAGAUCGGUGUUUUCUCUUCCAUCGCAUGCAAAGCGAUGCACAUGGCUGAGUCGGUGCCAUCACACCUUCCUCCGUACAGAGACAUUUUUUGUUCAUGGCCAGCAACCGCCGGCCUGAAGGAGACAAGGAAGCAUGCUCUUGAUCCGCGCCUGCCGUACCUGGUGGACCCUAGCAUUCAUGAAGAAGACUUUUCGAUCUGCCUAGAGCAGUAUAAAGCUAAACAGCUCAAACAGCUCAACUUACAGAUGGGGCAGUGAUUUUUUCGUCGACCCUAGGCCACCAUCAUGCCCGCUGCAACCCGCUGGCUUGAUUGGCUCUGCCAGUGCACUCUCCUACCGCUCGCCUACUCCGCCACCAUCGCAGACAUCCAAGGACCCGCUUUUCGAUCGCCUCUCGAAGGACAGACAGUGCAGAAUGUAACAGGAAUAGUUACGGCAAAGAGCUCUUCCGGUUUCUAUGUUCAAAGCAAGCCUGUGCAAGAUGUCCGCGUUUCCACCGGCCUGUUCGUAUUCUCGGAGUCCAGCAAGGUUCUCAACGCCGUCCAGGUUGGCGACGAGAUCUCUUUGUCGGGCACGGUCUCGGAUUUCCGCUCCAGCUCAGACCCGACCUUCCUCGAGUCCACCGAGUUUGAGUCGCCCACCAAUAUCACCAUCCUUUCAUCCAACAAUACUGUCACACCUCUUGUGCUUGGUGUUGACCGCAGCCCUCCGACGCAAGAUCUCUCUGCUCUGGACGUAGGCCUCGAUGGCUUCCUGACCGUCCCGAAUAACCAGAGCCUCGUCGAUGUCGUCAACGCUACGAUGCAGCCGGCCAAGUUUUCCGUUGACUUUUGGUCAAGCCUAGAAGGCCAACUUGUGACUGUACCGAAGCCCAUCUCUAUCGGGUUUGAGAACAGUUUCGGUGAAUUCUGGGUGCGCGGUGCCUGGGAGGCUACAAGUGUCAACUCCCGUGGUGGGCUCACUCUGUCAUUCGGACCUAAUGGCAUACCUGACGGCGGUCCCGAAUCUGUCAUCAUUGGCCAGCCUCUUGACGGCACUAUCAAUCCCAAUAUGAGCGUCGGCAAGACUAUCAACGACGUCACCGGUGUGGUCCAGUACCAAUUUGGAUUCUAUUAUAUUCUCCCUUUCACGGCCCCGACCGUCUUGUCUGUCCCAGACCCUACAGUCCCGGCGACAACCCUACAGUUCAUCGCUGACGGCUGCACAGUCACUUUGGGUGACUACAACGUCGACAAUAUAGGUCCAGACUCGGCGCAUCUGCCUGCGGCAGCGAGUGACAUCGCGACGCACCUGCGAACACCUGACAUCAUGCUCAUGCAAGAGAUUCAAGACAACUCGGGCGAGACUGACGACGGCACGGUCGACGCGAAUGUGACACUGAACAAUCUCAGCGCCGCCAUCGCCUCGCAGAGCAACGUGAAGUACAAUUUCACGGAGGUGAUUCCCAUCAACGGCCAAGACGGAGGAGAGCACGGGGGCAACAUCCGCCCGGCAUAUCUGUUCAAUCCGAAGAGAGUCAGUCUGGUGUCGGACUCGAGCCGCAAACCUAUCGUAGCGGCAUGGGAGACGACGUCCGGGGCGCGUUUCUUCACGAUCAAUCUGCAUAACGCCGCCAAGGUGUCCGGCGGGUCGUCUGACCAGGGCGAUCCGCGUCCGCCGCUGAACGGCGCCGUCGAGCAGCGCAUCGCGCAGGUGAAGGUCAUCGCCAACUUUGUUCAAGAGCUGCUCUCCAUGGAGCCGAGCGCCAGCGUCAUCGUCGGGGGCGACUUCAACGAGUUUGUCCAAACACGCACUGCUUAUGCUCCCUUCGACAACUUACUCUUCGAAGUCGACGAAGUGGCCGACAUUCCUCCUGUGGAACGCUACACGUAUGUGUUCGACAAUUUGCAGGAGCAGCUCGACCAUGUGUUCGUCUCGUCCGCUGUUGCAUUGCGCAAGGUCGAGGUCGAGCACGUCCACGUGAACAGUUGGGCGCCGGACGUCAACACGAGGACGAGCGACCAUGACCCGAGUGUGACCAGAGUGAGGGUAUGCUAGUCGCCAGCCUCCUGUAGCUCAAAAACAAUGUGGUUCAAGGUGUAACAAUACAAUGUACAUGUAUAUUUAACUAGCAGCUUAGUGUUUAUCGUCAUCGCUAUCGGCGGCAGUCGAUCGCUGCAGCUCCUGCUGCCACACGUCCGCAAAUUCCCCUACAUUCCGGCCACUGCUGAGCAUAAGCGCCUCGAUGGGGACCAUGUUGUGCUGGUGUGCCGGUGCGUUGCGCGUCGCGCUCGGGUGGCUCAGAGAGUCGACGACGCGAAGUUCGGGCACAAAGUUCGGGGAGGCAAUCGCCUGAUUGAGCAGCUCGAGAAGCUCCUCGUACGUGAAAAGCUGAGGGUCUGUCUUGGGCGAAUACAGAUUGAAGUCGAUGAUGUGUCCCUGGGAGAGAUCGCGCGUAAGCAGGAAGUCGAAAGUGUCUGUAAGAGGUUAGGCGUGGCUUCGGCACAGGAAUAGGCUGACAGACGUACAGUUGCCGUCGGUGCUCUCCCAUUUGCCUCUUACAUACUCUUCCCAAAACUUCAGCACUGCUUCCACGAUCUUGCUCUGCGUCUGCGGUUCGUUCCAGAAGGCGUAGUAGUUUGGGUCACGUUGCGAGAUACCUACGGCCUCCGAAUU